UACGGCGUCAGCCAGUGCAAUCCAUGCAGAAGUGAAAUCAAAGCUCAACAGUCAAGAUUGCCGGCAAUUAUUUGGCUGUUGAAAUAGUGAAUUUUAUAAGUUGGUGAACAGCUUCGCUGAAACUAGGACAAACAUGUUCCGAUUGUACUUCUUUUUCAAUGUGAUUUGCAUUUUCCUGGCCAUUAGGAGUGCCAUUGGUGGAGAAGUUCCUGAUGCAACUGAGCAGAAAAUUAACAACUUCUUGGCGUCGGGAAAGGAUAGUGAAGACCUGAGCAAACGAGCUGCGGCAAUGUGGUUUGGGCCUCGGCUAGGCAAGCGAACAAUUGCAUCCGAACUGCACGACGAAAUGAUGGACGAAAUCGACGACAAUCCGUUGUACUACUCGGGAGAGUCACCGCAGCGCGUGGCGUCGGAAAUUGCCCAGGGAACUCCGUAUGUCGUCCUGCUGUUGACGGGUCGUGUUCUUCGGCAGCCACAGCCCGUGUUCUACCACAGUACUACUCCCAGACUUGGCCGACGUGAUGCAUCAUCUUCCAACGAGAACAACUCCCGGCCACCGUUUGCCCCACGACUCGGCCGGAACUUACCAUUCUCGCCACGGUUAGGAAGAUCCUUCGGGGCACCGGUCGUGGACAGUUUCGCAUACUAGACUGACCACGAAGGAUACCAAGUGAUUCACCAACUCCCCCCAAACGACGCAGUAGGCCAUUUCCAUUGGAGUUUAUUUAAAUUCUCAUUAUGGCUGGAAUUUCAAUGGAAUCCGCCUACUGCGACGGAUAUUUGUAUAGAUUGUUUCGUGUAACUCAGAUGACUGUGCAUUACGUGAUUAAAUGAUUAACGAUAAAACUUCA